AUCAUUUUUAAUAAAUUAGAGUGUAUGUAGUCGCCAGCCUCCUCUUUCUUCUUGCAUGUUCAACGCCACACGUGACCUGCACGUGCAUCUCGUGCGAGAUUGGCCUCAUCACUGUUUGAGAAUUGAGAAUCACCCAUUGUUAGGAUCCACUAUACAUGUUACAGAGAUACAAAACUCAAACUGAAACAGAGAGUGAAGCAAGCUACAAAGACAAGUAAGCUCGUGAGUGUUGAUUAUGGCGUUGUGUCUGAAUCUCAGCCCGGUCUCCAUUAUCUGCAAAUGUAUGGCAAAGGCAUCAUCCCACAGCACCUCAAACAAUGGACCUCAUGCCUUCGACGCUGCAUUUGUCCGACGUGCAGCCGUUCUUGCUGACAAGUCUGCUGGCUUAACCUCUCCCCACCCAAACUUUGGCUGUGUCAUCACCACCCCGACUGGCGCAGUUGCUAGUGAGGCCUACCUAUAUGCUCAGGGCACCACUCCUGCCGAGGCACAAGCUGUGGCGGCUGCAGGGGAGCUUUGCCGCGGGGCCACUGCAUACCUCAACAUGGAACCUGGUGAUUGCCAUGGCGAUCAUGCAGCUGUUUCUGCUCUUGUUCAGGGAGGGGUCAAAAGGGUUGUCAUUGGAAUGAGGAAUCCAUUGCAGCAUCUCAGGGGCAAUGCUGUGCGUGCACUGAGGAGCCAAGGUUUGCAGGUUGAUCUCCUUGGAGAGGACCUCACAAGCAAAGUUAUGGAGGAUGCCCAAAAAGCUUGUAUUCUUGUCAAUGCUCCUUUAAUUUGUAGAGCUGCUUCACGCGUUCCCUUUUCUGUUCUAAAGUAUGCUAUGACCCUUGACGGGAAAAUUGCCGCCAGCAGUGGCCAUGCCUCAUGGAUAAGCAGUAAGCAAUCUAGAAAUCUGGUUUUUGAGCUACGGGGUAGAAGUGAUGCUGUUAUUGUGGGUGGAAACACAGUACGGAAGGACAAUCCAAGACUGACUGCCAGACAUGGAGGUGGGCAUAUGCCUAUUCGUAUAGUAAUGUCCCAGACCCUCAAUCUUCCAGAGGAAGCAAACCUAUGGGACAUGUCUGAGGUUUCUACUAUAGUGGUAACACAGAGAGGUGCAAGGAGGAGUUUACAAAAGCUGCUUGCAUCUAAAGGAGUUGAAGUUGUUGAAUUCGACAUAUUAAAUCCACGAGAUGUUAUGGAGUAUUUUCAUGAUCGAGGAUAUCUUUCAAUAUUUUGGGAAUGUGGAGGAACAUUAGCUGCAGCUGCUAUUUCAUCUGGUGUAAUUCACAAGGUCUAUGCAUUUGUUGCUCCUAAAAUCAUUGGUGGAAAGAAUGCACCAACUCCUGUGGGUGAACUUGGGAUGGUUGAGAUGUCUCAAGCUUUGAAUCUAAUUGACGUUUGCUAUGAGCAGGUUGGGCCUGACAUGCUUAUCAGUGGAUUUCUUCAGCCCUUACCAGACAUAUUGCCUACUAUUCCGUCACUCGAUGAAACUUAUGCUGUUGAUCCUACUGUCUCACCAUACGAGUCAAGCAUCAUAUUUUUCUAUAAAACAUGGGAUCCUUAUGGUGCAUUGUCAAAUUUCUCUCCCCAUCCCAUUCAAAUGCCUGAUGAAAAUGGUGAUAAUGUGACUUGGUUGAGUGUGGAGCAUUACUACCAGGCUCACAAGUUUAUUGGUAUGGAUGAUACUCUUGCAAGAGAUAGCAUUGAAAAGAUUAAAUCUGCAAAAAGUCCAGAAGAAGCUGCAAAAAUAGGAAGGUCAAUGCAAAGGAAGCGACCUGAUCUGGUAAGGCCUGAUUGGGACAACAUAAAGAUUGAUGUCAUGUACAGGGCACUGAAAUGCAAAUUCUCGACAUACCCACACUUGAAUACCAUGCUUCUUUCAACCACCGGUUCUGUUCUUGUCGAGGCUUCGCCACAUGAUUUGUUUUGGGGUGGAGGUCGAGAUGGAGAAGGCUUAAACUAUCUUGGUCGCUUAUUGAUGAAGUUAAGAUCAGAGUUUCUUGGCGAGUCGUCAUCAUCAUGCGAGUCCCCUAGUAUAGCCGUAUAGCUAUGUACAGAGCCGCGGGAAAUAUUAUACCGGUAAGAAAUUUGGAUAUUAUGUAUGAGAUUUUAGGUUCAUACCUUAUUAUUUCUGUUGUACAAAAAGAAAAGAGGGAGAGAGAAUAAUUAUGUUGUUGUAAAAAAAAGAAAAAGAAACACUACAUCUCCAUCUUAUUAAUCUAUUAAUCAAACCUUUUUGGUUUGAUUUCUUUCUCUG